AUGCAAUACUCCAAAGUCGCUAUUUUAUCUGCUGCCGCUGGUACCGCUUUCGCUGAAUACUCAAACUCCACUUCUAGUGGUGGUGGUGGUGUCGGAACUACUGUUAUUACAGUCAGUGGUACCCCAAUCACUACUGGUGUAACUACUGUCACUGAGGUUGAAACCACUUACACUACCUACUGCCCAUUGCCAACCACUGAAAAGCCAACUGAGAAGCCAACCUCAUCUGGCGGUGCUCCAGGUACUGAGACUGAAACUGAAAUAGAGACUACAAUCAUCACCAUCACUUCAUGUGAAGAAAACAAGUGUACUGAAGUUCCAAUCACUACUGGUGUAACUACCGUUACCAAUGUUGAAACUACAUACACUACCUACUGCCCACUUCCAACCACUGAACAACCAACUACUGAACAACCAACUACUGAACAACCAACCACUGCUCAACCAACCACUGCUCAACCAACCACUGCUCAACCAACCACUGAACAACCAACCACUGAACAACCAACCACUGCUCAACCAACUACUCAACAACCAGGUGGUGAACAACCAACCACGAAAUCUACUGUUGCUGCUGAAUCAUCAACUCCAGCUCAAGCAUCUACCGGUCAACCAACCACACAAACUACUGUUGCUGCUGAAUCAUCAACUCCAGCUCAAGCUUCAUCAUCAUCAGCUCCAGCUGUUUCUGCAGUCUCUGAAGCUGCUGGUACUAUCAAGUCUGCCUCCUACUUGGCUGGAUUGUUGGCUUUGGGUGCUGCUUUGAUCUAA